ACCCUUUCUACCUAGUGGACUCUUUCAGAUAAUGUAGUUAUACACAGCAUGUCUUUCUACUGUUCUGUUUCAGAUAAUGUAGUUAUAUACAGCAUGUCUUUCUACUGUUCUGUUUCAGAUUAUGUAGUUAUAUACAGCAUGUCUUUCUACUGUUCUGUUUCAGAUAAUGUAGUUAUUUACAGCAUGUCUUUCUACUGUUCUGUUUCAGAUUAUGUAGUUAUUUACAGCAUGUCUUUCUACUGUUCUGUUUCAGAUUAUGUAGUUAUAUACAGCAUGUCUUUCUACUGUUCUGUUUCAGAUUAUGUAGUUAUAUACAGCACUUCUUUCUACUGUUCUGUUUCAGAUGAUGUAGUUAUAUACAGCAUGUCUUUCUACUGUUCUGUUUCAGAUUAUGUAGUUAUUUACAGCAUGUCUUUCUACUGUUCUGUUUCAGAUUAUGUAGUUAUAUACAGCAUGUCUUUCUACUGUUCUGUUUCAGAUUAUGUAGUUAUUUACAGCAUGUCUUUCUACUGUUCUGUUUCAGAUUAUGUAGUUAUAUACAGCAUGUCUUUCUACUGUUCUGUUUCAGAUUAUGUAGUUAUAUACAGCACUUCUUUCUACUGUUCUGUUUCAGAUGAUGUAGUUAUAUACAGCAUGUCUUUCUACUGUUCUGUUUCAGAUUAUGUAGUUAUUUACAGCAUGUCUUUCUACUGUUCUGUUUCAGAUUAUGUAGUUAUAUACAGCAUGUCUUUCUACUGUUCUGUUUCAGAUUAUGUAGUUAUAUACAGCAUGUCUUUCUACUGUUCUGUUUCAGAUUAUGUAGUUAUAUACAGCAUGUCUUUCUACUGUUCUGUUUCAGAUAAUGUAGUUAUUUACAGCAUGUCUUUCUACUGUUCUGUUUCAGAUGAUGUAGUUAUAUACAGCAUGUCUUUCUACUGUUCUGUUUCAGAUUAUGUAGUUAUUUACAGCAUGUCUUUCUACUGUUCUGUUUCAGAUUAUGUAGUUAUAUACAGCAUGUCUUUCUACUGUUCUGUUUCAGAUUAUGUAGUUAUUUACAGCAUGUCUUUCUACUGUUCUGUUUCAGAUAAUGUAGUUAUAUACAGCAUGUCUUUCUACUGUUCUGUUUCAGAUUAUGUAGUUAUAUACAUCAUGCCUUUCCCCUCAAAGCACAAAGUUAGGAUAAUGUUUACAUCUGAAUUAGUUCUCCCGAGUGACACAAUAGUCUAAGGCACUGCAUCUCAGUGCUAGAGACGUCACUACAGACACCCUGGUUCUAAUCCAGGCUGUAUCACAACCGGCCGUGAUUGGGAGUCCCAUAGGGCGGCGCACAGUUGUCCGGGUUUGGCCGGUGUAGGCCGUCAUUGUAAAUAAGAAUUUGUUCUUAACUGACUUGCCUAGUUAAAUAAAGGUUAAAUAAAUAAAUAAAAUAAAAAAAUAUAUAUAGUUAACUAUAUUAUUUAUAAGUAGAUCCGUGCUAUUCUAUAGUUUCUCAUCCGAAUGAAUAAAUGUUGAGUUCAA